CACGCCACCGAUGGCCGUCGGCCAGACCGCUCCGGCGGCAGAGGAGGUCAAGCUCUCAAUCUCCGGCGCGGCCCUUGCGGCGCUCCUCCACCGCUGCGGGGCUGCCACGGGCGACUGCGACGGCCUCCUAUUCGGCCGCGCCGCUCGCCCGCCGGCCCCUCCCCCGUCCCUCUCCGACUACGACGACAACGCCCCCGAGCUCUCAGCCCCACCCAUGUCCAUCACCGUCUCCGGCCACUCCUCUCUCUCCCAACCCUCCUCCCUCACCAACCCCCUAGGCCGCUUGCACCCACCACUCCCCUCCUCGCCGCCCCCGCUCGGUUUCUUCUCCUCCCGUCGCCGCGCCCCUCUCCGCCCCUCCAUGCGCGAGCUUUCCCUCGCGUGCUCCCUCUCCAAAACCCUGCAGCCCCUCGCCCACCCACUCAUCUUCAUCCUCGUCUCCCCCUCCGCCUCCCGCGACCUCUCCACCCACUCCUUCGACUACCGCGCCUACCUCCUCCGCGGAUCCCGGCUCGUCCCGGCCUCUCUCACCGUCGUCAACGUCGGGCCCGGGUUCCGGGACCAGUACCACACCUUCGCUCCGCGCUCGCCCUUCCCUUUGCUGCCGACUCAGCCGCCAGUACAAGCCCCCCAAGGAGGGGAUGGACACAGCAUCGGAGAGCAGAAGGCAGUAGACGCGAUGGUUGAGGGGUUUGGGCUGGGGAGGCUGCAAGAGCUCGUUCGUGCUGCGGCCGGGCAGGCGGCGGAGAUGGAUGGCAUGUAUGCCGGGAUGCUCCAGAGGCUGGAGAAGCUAGCAAAGGAGGUGGAGAAGAGUAAUCACCGCGUGCUCGAUCAGGAAAAGCGGAACGUGCUGCUGAGGCACAGGUCAGCAGGACUGGUAUGAACAGACCAAAGCUUCUUUCGGUCUCAGCAAGUGCGUAUAUGCUCUGGAAUAAUGGAGCAAAGCGUCUCCAGUUAGGACUUCAGACUUGGUGCAUUGCACAAGAGUCAUUGGUCUAUCGGAUAGGCUCUCUAGGGUGGAAGAUCAUGUGCUCCAUGGAUGGAGAUGAGAUGAGUUUUUGCCGCUUCAGAUUUGGAAAUUGAUGGCGUUGGCAAAUUUCAUCGUCAAUUCAUUGUUGUCAUCCUCCUCUUAGUCUAGCAUGUGAUUGAACAGACUGGGGUUGCAAUCCUUUUCUUCUUGUAUAACAUGAUAUUCUAUUGACAUUGUGAUGAUUCUUUGUUGAGAAGCUAGGCUGAGUGGUUUGUCUA